AUGCCGAGUCAGCUGAGAGCCUGUGUUGCCUGCAACGCACCUCACUGCUUCACCCUUAGGGAGAACACACGAGAGGAAGAGAGGCAAGCCUCGGGUUCCGAGUCACCUGUGCACACACGAGAGGAAGAGAGGCAAACCUCGGGUUCCGAGUCACCUGUGCACACACGAGAGGAAGAGAGGCAAACCUCGGGUUCCGAGUCACCUCUGCACACACGAGAGGAAGAGAGGCAAACCUCGGGUUCCGAGUCACCUCUGCACACACGAGAGGAAGAGAGGCAAACCUCGGGUUCCGAGUCACCUGUGCACACACGAGAGGAAGAGAGGCAAACCUCGGGUUCCGAGUCACCUCUGCACACACGAGAGGAAGAGAGGCAAACCUCGGGUUCCGAGUCACCUCUGCACACACGAGAGAAAGAGAGGCAAACCUCGGGUUCCGAGUCACCUCUGCACACACGAGAGGAAGAGAGGCAAACCUCGGGUUCCGAGUCACCUCUGCACACACGAGAGGAAGAGAGGCAAACCUCGGGUUCCGAGUCACUUGUGCACACACGAGAGGAAGAGAGGCAAGCCUCGGGUUCCGAGUCACCUCUGCACACACGAGAGGAAGAGAGGCAAGCUGGAUAG